UUUCACGAGUCACACUUCGUUUCGGUUUUGGGGGGAAUCGUACCGUUUUCGUAGAGAGAAGCUGGAUUCUUGGGGCCAGCAUAAAAACCUGGAGUGCACGAUAGCAGUUCACCAUCGAAAUCUUGGAUCCUGUCUAUUCUCUCCCUGACAACUAUGGUUGUUGCGGGUUUCUUACGCCUCACACUAUCGUCUCUCCUUCUUGGCAUUAUGACCCACGGAACAGUUGCAUUCGACAUGUUAUCCAACGAGAAUCUGGCCGUCUACUGGGGUCAGAAUUCAUACGGAGCCAUUAAUCCCGACAAUACUGCUCACUGGCAGCAGACACUUUCAUACUACUGCAAGGACAAUGUUAUUGACACCUUUCCCAUAGCCUUCCUCGUAGACAGCUAUGCGGAAGGUAAUCUCCCGUCGAUCGAUUUAGCGAAUAUCUGCAACUCCGGCAAUGCCGACUAUUUCCCAGGCACUGGCUUGCUGAAUUGCUCUUUUCUUGCCUCGGACAUCGAAAUGUGCCAGUCGGCGGGAAAGGCAGUUACCAUCUCACUUGGUGGCGGAUCGGGAAAUAUCCACUUUCAGAACGACGCUCAGGCCGCUGCUUACGCUAAGACUAUAUGGAAUCUAUUUCUGGGUGGAACGAGCAAGACACGUCCCUUUGGAUCUGCAAUUCUUGACGGAAUCGACAUGGACAUCGAGGGUGGUUCGCAGACAGGCUAUGUUUCCUUUUUGACUGCGCUUAGGAAACUUAUGAAUCGGAGCAAGAAGAAGUAUUAUAUUACUGCUGCGCCACAAUGUCCUUACCCAGACGGCUACAUCGGAAAGACACUCAAUACAGUGGGAUUUGAUGCAGUAUAUGUCCAGUUUUACAAUAACUAUUGCGGUCUGAAGCACUACAACAAUCGAAAUGACUGGAACUUUGCCACCUGGGACAAGUGGGCAAAAAACGUCUCACCCAAUCGUGACGUCAAGGUUUAUAUCGGCGCGCCCGCGUCAUCUGCUGCGGGGUCUGGUUAUGUCAACUCCAAGCAAAUGACGACAAUAAUCCAGCAGACUCGGUCUAACUACUCUUCCUUUGGAGGGGUUAUGUUAUGGGAUGUAUCAGACGCGCACGCCAAUCAUCGCUAUGACAAAGCAGUCAAACAAGCUUUGAAAUCUCACCCAUGACGAAGACUGACAGUUAUCUUUACUUAACUGCGUACCUCGGUGGUUUCCUCCCAUCGCCAGGUACCGCGUCUUAUUAGAAAUUGUUUGUGUCAAUAGGUGUCAAUAUAGUAAAUGGCUCAGUGUGCCUGACUGUUCUAGA